AUGGCACUCAAAGCUAUCAAGAUUUACGACCACGGCCCAAGCCCCAAUCCCUGGAAAGUCGUCAUGCUACUCGAGGAGCUCAAUCUCUCAUACGCCAGAGAGGCAGUGGAUUUCGCCGAUGCCAAAAAAGAGCCUUUUAUCUCUAUCAACCCGAAUGGUCGACUGCCCGCGAUCGAAGACCCCAAUACUGGAAUGACCCUUUGGGAGUCUGGUGCUAUCCUUGAAUACCUGGUGGAGACGUACGACAAAGAGCACAGACUCAGCUUUGAAUGUGGCUCAACUGAUUAUUUCCUCGCCAAGCAAUGGCUGCAUUUUCAGAUGUCCGGUCAAGGUCCUUACUUUGGUCAGGCAGUGUGGUUCACAAAAUCCCAUCCAGAGAGACUUGAAAGCGCCAGUGAGCGCUACAUUAGAGAAAUACGCCGUGUCUCGGGAGUGCUGGACAAGUUCUUGCAGGAUAAAGAGUACCUUGUUGGAGGGAAGUUCAGUUAUGUCGACCUGGCCUUCAUCCCUUGGUAUUUGAUCAUGAGCUGGUUUGAUAUCGAUUUGGCAAGCGAAUUCCCGAGCCUCGAUGCGUGGCUGAGCCGCCAAAAAGUUCGUCCUGCGAUUGAAAAGGCACUGAAGGCACGAGAUGCAGAGCCAUUUAUCUGA